AUGAAGACGAUCUACCUGCUGCGCCAUGCCAAAUCAGAUUGGAACGCCCCGGGCACCAGCGACCACGACCGCCCCUUGAACGCCCGCGGCCGAGCUGCGGCGGACCGUAUCGGCCGCUUUCUGCCGCAACAGACCGUCGACGGCGCCGUCCGCGCCGGUGGCUGGGACUGUCCGGUGGAGAUCAGCGAAGCCCUCUAUCUGGGCUCGCCAGCGGCCGUCCUGGAGACAAUCCAGCAGCAGCCGGAGAGCUGCUCUAGCGUCCUGCUAGCCGGCCAUGAGCCGGGCUGGUCCGGAUCGGUCGCCCGGCUGACCGGUGGCGGCAACGUGCGGAUGGUGACCGCGGCCAUCGCCCGUCUCGACGUCGCCGUCGAGCGCUGGAACACCGUCGAACCUGGCGCCGGUCAGCUGACCUGGCUAGUGACUCCUAAGCUGCUCGCCCGAGCCGGAUUCGAGUAA